AUGUGCCAGGCCAGCUUCGGCGCACACUCCGCCGCGACGCCGAUGCUGCAACAAGGCUCGCCGGCCGGCGAGCGUGCGUCUAGCUUGACGGCCAACUUGGAGCGGGCCGUCGCGGCCGGGAGCCUUGCGCGACAUCAGGCUCUGCGAUCGGCCUGGUUUGCCUGGCGGCGCCACAACCAGCAGCGGCGGCGGGUGGCCGCGGUGCUCACCUUUGCGGCUGUCGGAGACGUCGCCUACGCCUUCCAUGCGUGGGCAAGGCGCAGCAGGGCCGCCAGCCUCGAGCUGGUCGGCGCGCACCUCUUCUGGUGCUCGAGCCGCCGCCGCGCGCUCCGUGCGUGGCGGCGCGCAGCCCGCCAGCCGGCUGGUGGGGCGCGGCUCGCCGACGCGGCGAUCUCUCCGCCCUCCACGCCGCCGCGUGCUCGGCCGCCGCCUCCCGACCACUGCGACUCUUGCGGCUCGGAUGCCCCCUCGUGGCUCCGCUCGGCGGCCGCCGGCCUCGACUCGCCGGCGCAGCUGCGCUCGGCGGCGGUCGAGUCGCCGCCGUCUGCGGCAACGACGCCGCGCUCGCGGCUCUCGUCGGACGGCACUGCUCCCGCCGCGGGCGGAGACUCGCUCCCAGAGUGGCUGCAGUCUGCCGCGGGCAACCUGUUGCGGCUCUCGGCUCCCGCCCCGGCCCAGGGCAACCCGGCGAGCAGCCCGGCGGCUCGGCUGCUCGCCGCCAGGCUGGAGGCGCCGGUCCCGCCGGCCGCCGCCUCGCCGGACUCCCCCCGCGAGCUCACCAUCGCCGUGCACAAGGCCUCCUCCGCAGACCGGCUCGGCGUCUCCUUUGACGGGAGCCGCCCGCCGCUCAUCCGCAAGCUCGCCGCCGGAGGGCAGGCCGAGGCGGCCGGCCUGCUCGCCGGCGACCGGCUCAUCUCCAUCUCUGGCGUGAGCUGCACGGACGGGCGGUCGGCCGCAGAGCAGCUCCGCGCGACGCACGGCGCGCUGCUCCUGCGGGGAGAGGAGUGCGUCUUUAGGCAGCUGCGAGUGCGAGGCGUGCCAGAGAAGGCCGAGGCGGCGCGGGAAGAGGCGGUGCCGACAGAGGAUGCGCCGCAGCGGGUCGGGGCGCAUUGGCGCGUCGAGGCGGCGCGGGCGCACGGGCGGGUGGAACGACACGGGCGGGUGGACACACGGCACGGGCGGAUGGAGGCGGCUCGCGCCUCCGCCUCCGAGCAGCGCGCUGCUCGCCCUCCGAGCGACAGGGCUGCGGCGGGCGGGCCGAGCCGAGCGGCAAAGGCGCUGCCCGGUCCGAGCCCGCUUUCGCAGCAGUCGGGCGCGCUGCAGCAGGCGGAGGCGAGGCGGGGCGGGCAGACCUCCCGACACCCUCCCCAGACUGUUUCCCCCUCCCUGCGGCAGGUGGAGGCGUGGAGAGCCGCCGAGCUCGCACGCGUCGCCCGGGAGACGGCGGAGUGGGAGGCCCAGCGUGCGAAGGCGCGCGCCGCGGACCGCUCGUCGCUGGUGCGCGAGAUCGAGGCGGCGGAGGCGCGCACGAGUGCGCUGGCCGAGCGCAUCGCAAGCCAGGCGGCGCGCCUCGCCUCCUCUCCGCAGGCAGUCCGCACGUCGGCGGAGAGGGCGAAGACGCAGCACACGGCGCGUUUGGCCGCCGAGAAGGCGGCGGCGGACGCUAGCUCAGGCGUCGCCAUCGAUGCGGGAGCUGCGCCAAAGCUCGAGCACGUCUUUUUCGGGGACGAUGACCGGCAGGCAUUGCAAGCCCAGCGGCCCUCCACAAUGGAGAUCGAUUGA